AUGGCAUCCGUAUUAAAUUCACUGACCAAUCCGGGUUUGUACAGUUUUGCCAAUUCGAACCACCGCCCUCCAACUUCCGCAGAAACACCUGUCUCCGACACCUUUCCCAGUCCCGUUUUCGAAACCCCCAAACCCGGGCAAGGUUCACUCACCGACGCUGGGGGUUGGACUCCGCAUUUUACUGAAGAAUAUUCCGUGUUCAACUCGACUCCUGGAAAUCUCCGCGGAUCUCAAAAUUCUUUCGUUGACUUUCGUGCUGCCACACCUUCCAGCAAGCACAAGAGGCUACUAUCCAACGACACUUUUGCUGCUGAAAUUGCAACUCAUGUGAAUCACUUUUCGAACCAAAAUCUACCACUGCCGCCGGUCGAGCCAUCACGUCGCUUGGCCUCAUCCCCGAAUUCAGUAACCGUACCUCAAGAAUAUAUAACCGAUACAACACCCCUGCCCAGUCCUGAUCCGGCCAAACACCCUCAAUCCUCCAAGAAGGCUAGGAAAGCCGGAGUUCAGGGUGCAGAGCCUUCGCAGACAGCGACACCCCCACCCACUGGACGUAGGGGAGCGCGGAAGCUCGCCGACAAGCUCAAUAUGCAAAAUGAUCAGUACUUCGGCCAGCCCGACUUCACUGGCAACUCUCAACAACAACAGCAACAUGAUAUUGCUGCCUUGAUGGCUUCCUCUGGUGACAUGUUUGCAUAUCCCAUGACAGCACCUGCUGCCACACCUAACACUUUCUGGGAUCCUUCGAUGGGUAUGGACUUUGACUUUAGUGCAUCGCCUUCCAAUGUCUUUCAGACGACACCUGUUCAGCAUGGUCAUCACCGCCACACAGGUUCCUUCGACUGGAAUAGCGAGGUACCACUCUUUCAAGACCCUAAUGCACCAUUCGCUUCCGCAGGUUCAGACCCUAUGCAAACGAUGCAACGUGACCGUCCUCUUGCCCCAAAGCCUAUGGGCUCGGCAGGUGCUACUACAGCAAGUGCUGCCAUGUCUGCUGCCCUUUCCGCUCCUCUAGAUGACCCUUUUGGACUUGGACAGUCCAUGAAUGGAGUAAACCCUGGAUUGCUGUUUGAACCUCCACACAAUUCUGUUUUGGAUAACCCUGCUCUCAUCCCAGUGACACAGGCUGGCUCCGCUGAAGCCACGAUUUUCCAAUCGAGAUCAAGAACACCUUUGGGUGAAAACAUCCGCCAAUCAACGAGCAUGAAGGACUUGAGGGCUACAAAGGCACCGGAUCGUGCGCUUGCACCAUCCCCUGUCAAAGCAAACCCUCGGCCUGGAAUGGGUAGGAGUUUCAGCGAGAACCGUGGCAAGAGAGCCCAACCGCAGAACCGACCUGUGCUACCCAAACUUGCACCGGCCCGGCCAGUCUCACAAGCCAGCAACGGGUCCAACAGCGACAGUGCACCCCCAAAUCGGCCUAUGGCCAAACCAACCGGAAGGCUGUCUCCAAUGAAGAGCCAGCACCGACUUUCAGGCUUGGCCUCCAUCCCUGAGGGGCCAGCACUACAACACCAAUCCACUCGAACAGCUGUGAAAUUCACCAUCGACUCGAGGGGCAGAGCUCGCGCAGAGACAACGAUCGUACCUAAUGAGUGGGACUGGGAGCCCAGUGCCAAUCAUCCAGGACUCACUCGUGAUAGGAGUCGAACACCACGAGACCUGGGUCCCUCGGACGAUGACGAAUCAUCCUCGGACGACGAGCCUAUCAUUAUUCCUAGCAGGAACAACUCGUUCAAUGCGUCCUUCGCGUUACCUGAUCCCCUGAGACCGGUUGGGUCCAUCUUUCACUCUUCGCGACGUAGUGUUAGUGACAGGAGCACGAGUAGUAUACACGAUACUAUUGGAGGAUCGCAACACGAUGCGGACAGUGAGAAUGAGACGAUGAUGUAUGAGCGCAGGGACAAGAUUGGGGAUGCUGCCAGCGAGCUUCGUAAGGUCAUGGAGGAUCGAAGAAAGCGAUCGAAUCCAAUGGGACAAGGAGGACAACACCGUUCGUUCCAGGGUGGACACUUUGGUCCUUUUCGAGGUGAUAGCAACUCGCCGUCGACCCUUACCGAGUCAAGCCUUAUCACAGACAGACACGUCAGAUGUCUCUGUAACCGAAAGGGGGCUGACGAGGGGGACGGCUCCAUGAUCCAGUGCGAGUCCUGUGAAAUGUGGCUCCACGGAAAGUGUAUCAAUCUCGACCUCAGGACUCAACCAAGAGUGUUCUCAAGACUCUUGAGGAUAGCAAGCCCAGCGUUGGCAAGUUCAAUCUCUAGAACCAUCUUAUGGGUGGUGUCUGACAUUCUCUCUCAGUGCUCCAUCGAUGCCAACGGUACCACUAUCGGCAACGAGACCCUCGCCGCCGCAAAGGACGCCGGGGACGUCCUCCUCGGUUCCAUCGGCGGUCCCGAAUGGGGCACCGGCGCUCUCCGACCCGAGCAGGGCCUUCUGAAGCUUCGCAAAAGGAUGGGCACAUACGGCGACCCGCGACCUUAUUUCUUCGCGUUCCACUCUCUGGUCGACGCCUCUCCGUUCGUCAUUCCUUACUCCUAUGCUGAGGUUGAGCGUGUUGCCCGUCUGGCUGGAUUCCUUGCCCGUGAUCUCAGCGAUAAGAAGGUGUGGUCUCUUGACAAGGCUAAUGUGCUUGCGACCAGUCGCCUAUGGCGAAAGAAUUAUACUGGUCUUAACGGUGUUGUUGUGACGAGCAACCUGUUUGGUGAUAUCAUCAGUGAUGAGCCUAGUAUUAUCCCCAGCAGAAUUGGCCUUCUACCCAGUGCUAGCUUGAGCGGUGUUCCUGAUGUAAAGGACAAAUGUAACGGCAUCUACGAGCCCAUCUACGGUUCCGCCCCUGAUAUCUCUGGCAAUGGCAUUGUCAACCCCAUUGGUACGAUCCUGCCCGUCGCCAUGCUCCAACCAUACUCUUUCAACCUGCCUGAGGAGGCCAAGGCUGUUAAGGAGGCUGUCCAUGUGGCUCUGGAUGGUGGUCUGCGCACCAAGGAUCUGGGUGGUAACGCUACCACAGAGGUGGUUGGUGAUGCUGUUGUCGAGGAGCUGAAGGAGAUUCUCAAGCCUCAAGGGGUGUUGUCUGAUUGGCGUGAUUUGCUGCAGAGGAUGUUACCCUGGUGGUUGUGA